AUGGAGCUGUUUUGGAGCCCAGAGGUCACUUCAAAGUGCCGGGCCCAUUUCUUGGGAGAGAACGAUCUGGUGAGGAAAUCCCAGAACCAGAGUCUGGACACAGCUCACGGCUCAUCCCCAGAGGAUGCCGCCUACUGCACUUUACUGAAAUCCACCUUCAGAGCCUUGGCAGAGCCCUGUGAAGAGAAGAACUCAGCGGUGUGUCUGGAGAAAGCCGCUGGGGGAUUUGCCUCCAUCCUGAAGCAGACGUCCUCCUGGUCCAACCUGAGCACGGAGCAGCUCUCCAUUUUGGCCACCAUCAUCCUGCACAAUGUGGAGAGGAUUGUGAUGGACGUCGUCACCAACCCCACCGAGAACGGGAACCUGACCCUCCGCACGGAGCAGCUGGAUGUCCAGACCAAAGUCAUCAGUGACGGCUGCAGCAGGGAGGACUCUGUCGUCAGCCUGGGAGCCAAAGGGGAGAUCAUGGAGAUUGGCUGCAAAACGGUUCAGGGAUCAACGGCGAAAGGCGCGGCUGGAGUGGUGUUUGCCUCCUACGUGGGCAUGGAAACCAUCAUGAACGGAAGUUUCUUCCAAGACCAGAAGGCCGCUUCUAGCCACGCCAUCCGGAUGAUUUCCAGGGUGGUGAGUGCCUGGCUGACCAGCCAGACCAAGACCAACUUCACAGAUCCAGUGAACUACACCUUCCAGCACAUCAUGCCACACAACCCCUCCGAGAAGCCCACCUGUGUCUCAUGGGAAACCACGGCCCAGAAUGGCAGUUGGUCUCCGGCAGGGUGCAGGGUCCUGCGCUCCAACGCCACCCACACCACGUGCAGCUGCGACCACGUCUCCAGCCUGGCCGUCCUCAUGGCAUGGGGGGAGUAAGAGUAACAGGGUAACUCUGCAGUGAGGAUGCCCGGCUCCCCCCAGGGCUUACAACACGAGGCUGCGGGCUUUGCUGGGCGGAGCCGGGCAUCUUCUCGGCAGAGUUCGAAGGAGGCCAACGAGGUACCCGAGUGGAUACAAAUCAAUGAUUUAAAAUAAAAAUUAAAACUCAGAUUUUAUAACUUUUUUAAAAAUCAGCAAGAAAAUACUAACUUUUGCGUUAAAAAAGAACAGUUCCGUGAAAUCUGGCCACAAACAUGCUACACCUACUUACAGUCUCAUAAAAUCGAUUUAGUGGCUCGAGUCUGUCCAGCCAAACAACCAGCUCUGGCGUCUCAAAAAUUCUGGGAUUUCAGUUUCUGUUUCUCAGCAGGCUAAAGUAACAUGGAAAGACACCCAGAGACCGGAAAGGACCGGGUUUGUUCUGUGUGUAUGGCAGGGCUGACCCUACCACGAGGCGAACUGAGGCAGCCGCUUCAGGUGCCAGACUGUGGGAGGGCACCAAUAGGACCCAGAGGGUAGAAAAUUGUGUCUGCUCCUGGGGCACAUGUAGGUAACAGAGCAGUUCCAUGAGAGGAGUAGAACAGGAAGAAGGCAGAAUUGAGACCUUUCAAAGUUUUGGCCCAAGCUAGGGGCGUCAUUUGAGUUCCCCGCCUCAGAUGCCAAAAUGUUGUGGGCCAGCCCUGGCGUUUGGGGUGGGGAACCUGGGCCAAGCGUGGCAGAAUUGGUUCAAACAGUGUCUAAUGACAGCGAGAUGAUAUAUAGGAAAGGACGGAGCCAGAGUAGAAAGGAGCAGUGGAGUGAGCUGGAAAGGAAAAGGGAAGAGAUUAUUCAGCACACAGAUUCCUAGAUUCCUUACACUUUUGCCACAGAGAAAUUGUCCUGGCUUCUGGGUGUAAACGGGGGCCCUAUCUGGGAAUAUUUUGAAGAACGUUGUUCCCUGGGUGAAAAAGAAAAACAUGUCAAGUGUCAGCAGAGCAAGAAGAAAAUUCAGGGCCUAGCUGCUAGAAUGAAACAUCAGAAGGAAAACGGCUUAUUGGGAGAAAAUGAUGUGGAUGAAGACGUGCGAAUGUCUGAAGAACCAUGUGGCUCAACUUUGCACGGCCUCGUGCUUCCAGCCUCUCUCUCGGCCUUUUAGCAGCAGUGUGAUGUGUCGAGUUAAUUCCCAAGCUGGUUGCUAUGUUGGAGGCUGCUAGGAAAAUUGUUGAGCUUAGCUAAUCCUUAUGGCUUGUUUAAUUAAUUAACUAGGGUUAGACACUUAUCGCCCAAGUAUAGCGCACGGCACUGUUUCCCAAACGGUGUUCCACAGCACUCCAGGCUUCCGCAAAGUGAAAAUAUGGGGUUCUGCAAGAAAAUUCCAUUACAAUAACAUUUUGGCUAUGUCCAGACUGCAUCCCUUUUCCGUAAAAGGGAUGCAA